GGCCGCGACCCUCUUUCGAACGUCUCCAGCUGCGUAUCCGCAUCCGUAGCACUCUCUGGUCGCCGGUGCGACCGCGCCAUCCAUAUUCGCGCUCUACGUAGUGGCUUCCGCUCAGCCAUGUCCGACUUCGUCCCCGCACCCCCGAACAUCGCCCCGCAGGACGACGGCUCGGGGGUCGUUCCCCAGCCUGUCCAAGACGCACCAUCGCCCGCGCCCAUCACUGAGCAAGAGGUUGGCGAGUAUCGCGAGCAGGACCGCUUUCUUCCCAUUGCGAACGUGUCGCGCAUCAUGAAGGGGUCGGUGCCGCCGACAGCGAAGAUCUCGAAGGAGGCCAAGGAGUGCGUGCAGGAGUGCGUGUCCGAGUUCAUCUCCUUCAUCACGUCGGAGGCGGCGGAGAAGUGCCAGAUGGAGAAGCGCAAGACGAUCGGCGGGGAGGAUAUCCUCUACGCGAUGGUCACGCUCGGGUUCGAAAACUACGCGGAGACCCUGAAGAUCCAUUUGGCAAAGCUCAGGCAGCACCAAUCAACGCCGGGGGGCUCGCGGAAUGUCGAAAUCUCGGAAGACUGAAGAGAGAGCAAGGACUCAUUGUUACGGUCGGUCAGCGCUGUGUUAUCCUCUGUGUGUACUGUAUUUGUUGUAGACUGCAAUACUGAAUUCCGUUUACU